UUGCUUGCAAAGAUCGAUAGAAGGAUCACAUUUGUGAAAAAAAAAAAAAAAAAUCUUUUACAAGUCAUAAAGUUUAUUAAUCUAGUAUAUCUAACUCUAUGACAUUAUCCUAAUAGUCUUUGUGGAUUUUCACAAGGGACAAUGUUACCAUCAUAGUUUCCACCUGUUCCUUAUCAUUAAAGAACUACUUAAUUAUUAAUACUUUUUUUCCUCUUCCAAUUUGUUUUAAGAUCAUCCACAAUCCAAUGUUGAACAUAAUGGUGAUGAUCGGAUCAGCUUGUACACUCUUCAACUAUUUUAAGGUGUACCUUGCUACCUCGUACGUGUAUCGGCUAAAUCUAUCUACCGAGGCUUAGGCUGAUGGAAAGAAAUCUCGAGAAGGUUUUUUGUUUUUGGUGUUAAGAGUUUAUAGCUAGUAUUCCAUGAAUAGCAUUAUUUGGAAUUUGUCAUAUUUGUGUAUGAGUUUUUGCGUGCCAGGAUAGCGAUAUUAGCUGUUAUUAACCGAGUUCUUAGUGUAAUUUUCAUACCUAUAUUUUAUAGUUUUAGUCAACACAAAUACAGGUCUUGAACUAAAGUUACUGGUUCGGCCGAACUCAUAUAGAAUAUGGAGUUUUGGGUUGUUGUAGCAGCUGCAGGUGCAGGUUAUGUAGCACAAUAUUUGCAAAGUUCAUCAGAGGAAAAGGAAAAUCAAUUUUCUAAAAUUUCAACAGAUGAACAAUAUUCAGAUCAUAACAAGAAUUUGUUGCACCAACUACGCGAAAAAUUUUGUCCAUUUCAUAUGUUAGCUCGAAGAAGAGCUAAAAAAGAUGUUUCCGAUGAAGGGGUUUUCAGAUUCAGACAGCUUAAUCUUGAUUCGUCAGAUUGCUCUAGCGAUGAAAAAGAUAUUCAUACAAGUACCAAGAACAAAGAUUCUGGUGUACCAUUCAGUUCAACAGGGCUAGAAAAUGGAAUGGCUCUAUUAUACAUAGGGAUUGUUAGUGGCAUGAUGUCUGCUGUUAUUGCAAACAGAAGAGAGAUAGAAAAGGUGAAUGAGAAGUUAAAAUGGACCAAGAAUUUAGUACAAGAGUUAGAAGAGGAGCUCAAUGUGAGAGAGAUUGCUAAUGAUGAUUAUGAAAAUCCAAAUCUAUGUAGCCCUUCUAUGUUAUCUGUUGAUGAGCCAACAAGACAAACCAGUGAGAGCACAAAUCAUAUGGCAGCAGAGAAUCACGAGUCGAUGAGCGAAAUUGAGGCUGAACUUGAAGCUGAAUUGGAAAGGUUGGAAAUGAACAUGAAGGUUUCAACUUUUGAAAGAAUAUCUGAUUUUGUUGAGCUAGAUCCAGAAGAUGAAGUAGAUGUGGCUCAAGGAGACUUAAAACUAGAUUGCUUCAAUGUGCAGUGCCUGGGUUCAUCAGAAUCAGAUACGGAUACUAGUGGAACUAGGGGUGUUCAUUCUGAACUUGACAAGUAUCCUGUUUCCCCCAGGGAGCUAAGUUCGCGCCUGCACGAGUUAAUAGAAUCCAGGCUAGAAGCGCGAAUUAAGGAGCUCGAAACAGCCCUUCUUCAUAGCCAAAAUAGAGCUUGUUCACUGGAAACACAACAUAAACUCUCUCAAAAGAACUUUGCGUCGAGCGAAAUAGAGUCCUCUGCAUAUUUACAAAGUCCAUAUUGGUAUCAUGAGGCUAAUGAAGAGACCAUGAGGACCAUGCAUGGAAGUGAAAAUGCUAUCGACAUUGAUACAAGCGUUCCUCCUUAUGAUAGAGGGUUGAUUGAUAGCUCAAAUGAAAAAAGGGGCAGCCUGGUGCACGAAUGUAUGCAGCCUACCUUGAUGCAAUUAUUAAAGACAGAAUCCAUGGCUCAAACCCAUAAGCUAUACAGUCUACCUUGAUGCAAUUAUUAAAGACAGAAUCCAUGGCUCAAACCCGUAAGCGACAAGUCACAUGGGAACAACAUUUCCACUGCUCCAACGUUUUAUUUCAUUGAUAGACCAAAUAUGAUGGGAAACUGUUCUCAUCUAUAUUAUGUUGUCUUCAAUUAUAUGUUACAGCUGUAUCAUCUUACUACUCUUUUUUGGUAUAGAGACAAAAUGUGCAGUGUACAUGUAAAGACGAAGAACUUUGUAUAGAUCAAUAGACAUUGAGGAGAGGUCAUUCUGUUUUACUUAA